CACCGUGCGGCAACGUGACCUUCCUCUUAUUUUUUGACAAGCAUGGACGCAGAGUCCAGGGAAGUUAAUGUUGAUUAAAGACAUUUGACAGGGUGCCGUUAUUACUUGAAAUGUAAUGUAGCGUGUCCGUGAAAGAGAAAAGAAGCAGUGCCUCUUCGGUAACUUCUUUAGUUCCGUUUAAAUUCCUUAAGACAGUGACAGUCUGUAUUUACUAGUUUUAGUACUUAGCUGCUGCGUAAAGUCAUUUAUCGCGAUGUUAAAGCUCUUCGGCAUCCUGGGUUUUCAUGAACUCUACAGAUGCAGUCAUUUUGUGGCAUCCCGUGUUACCAAGAGGCAGCUCAUGAGUGUUGUCCCAGUCUGUCAUCACCGAGUAUCCAUCCCUGCUUGCCACUUCAGUACUGGGAUCCCUGUAAGGAAAGAUGCCCUCCAGCCUAAAGGAGAGAAGUCCGAGGAAAUAGAUCUGGACAAAUGGAAAUCUGUAAUGAGAUCAAAACCUGCUUCAGAAGAGAAACUACAAGUCAAUGAUGACGAGGACGUAAGUGAUGAUGAUGAUGAUGAUGAAAACCUCAAAGUACCAGAAGGUGACUCAAACGACAGUUCUUUACUGGAGGCGACCAGGGAUCUGGUUGUGAUGUGGCGCCAAGCUGGGAAACUUGUACCUCAGGAGAUAACUGAUGAGGAGGUUCAGGCGCUGGCAGCGCUCACCACCAAGUCCUCCAGGAAGAAGUACCUGAAGUACCUGGCCAUCAAGGAAAACCAGAAAAGGAUCCGUAAGGAGAAGCAGCAGAAGAGGAAGGCGGAGAGGGAAGCAAUAAUGGAGCAGAGAAGAAAGCAGGGCGGAGAUGCAGAAGAAAUUAAAAACUCAUUUAUCCUCCAGUUCUGGAACUGCUCCCUGGACAAGCUGCUGGCCUGGAGGAGUGCCCAGGCCAUGAUGUUUGGUCAGCCGCUCGUGUUUGACUUGAGCUAUGACUCCAACAUGACCAGACGGGAGAUUGAGAACACAGUGUCCCAGCUGAUGGAGGUGGAAGCGUGGAACCGUCGUGCCACUGACCCCUACCACCUGCACUUUUGCAACCUGCAGCCUGGUGGGACCUACAAGAAGGAGCUGCUCAGGCGGUACGGUGCAGAGACCUGGGACCGCCUGCUCAUCACCAGCACUGACCGCCAGCACGUCGACGUGUUCCCCCAUGAACAGCUCGUAUACCUCACUGCAGACUCCCCCAAUAUCCUCCGCACCUUUGACCACUCCAAGGUCUACAUCAUUGGGGCUCUGGUAGACCGCUCCAUCCAGUCAGGCCUGUCGUUGGCCAACGCCAAGCGUCUGAAACUGGCCACAGCCCGUUUACCGCUGGACGAGUACCUCCACUGGGAGAUCGGAGCCAAAAAUCUGACCCUGGAUCAGAUGAUCCGCAUCAUGCUCACUAUCAAAGAGACAGGGAAAUGGGAGGAGGCGUUGCAGUUUGUGCCUAAGAGGAAGCAUGAUGGCCUCCACCAACAGCCGCCACAAAAACAGAUUAUCAGUGACAGAUUCAGAGGAGUCAGCAGUCAUGCUUUGAGAGAGGCUACUGACAGGCCGCUGAAAUCUGGAGAGAGACACACAGAAAGGACAUUUAAAAAUGUGGACCAAAGUCAAAAAGAGCCCAAGUUCACCAGCAGAGACAGAAUGGAUGGACUCCUCAUUGACAGGGGAAAUAAACCAGCUGCUACCAGAGUACGCACAUCAUUUAAGAGUAACAUGGAGAAAAGAAAAAAUACAAGUCAAAGGAAGAUGUGGUGGGAGGAGUGAAAUCAAUAAAAAACUGUAACUGGGUUAGUAAGAAUGUGUAUGUUUACAAGUGCUGUCUGAGGAAAUGUAUAAAAACUGAGCUGUGAAAAGUGGUGAAUAAACUGUUGUAAUAGA